UAAAAACAAAUGAGACAGGAGCUGGCAUGAUUGGAAACUCCAGUCUGCUGGCUGCAGUCCUGACUGUUGCAUCAGUGGUGUCAAUAAGUCUGCUGUCGCUUCUGUGUCUACGCUGCAAACGGAAAUCCAAGAUCAUACAUGAGGAAACUCAGAUAUACGACCCUCAGACAUUCCAACGUGGGGGAAGUGUGUUUGCUGUGAUGCAAUCAAAAACAGUCACCAGAUCCAAUCACAUAACUUCAACCACAAUUGAAACAUAUGAGGAGGAAUUUUCACCAAGUCCCACUGAUGAGCAGUCAGAUUAUGAAAAUAUCACAGAUGCAGCUGAAAUAGAAACAAAUGCAGAACAUACAUAUGUAGACCCACUGCCUGCUCAACUGUAUGUAAAUGAAGAAACCCCAGAGAGAAUAACUGGUGAUGAACAGAAUACAGACGUCUAUGCCAAUAUUUUCACGUCACUGUCAAUAAAAGAAGAUGACGACGACUAUGAGAACUCAGAGUUCUGGGAACAGUGUGUACAGAAGCCAGAAAAAGAACAAGACGAGGAUGAUGAGCCAGAUUACGUGAAUGAGAAUGGGGAGUGCGCCUGACGAGGCCCAACAGAGAACAUCAGUGAACGGCCAGGACACUGUGGCAUCGGUUGUGCUGAACUGAAGUACCAACGGUUUAUUUCUGUUAUGUGUGAUGUGCAAAUGAUGUGGACAGCUGCGUGAAUAAAUACUGGUAGACCUUGAAUGUGUUGUAUCUAUGAUGCCAUCUAGUGGUAAAAUGUGCAGGACAAUUGCAGCAGUUGUGUUAGCGCUUGGGAGAAAUACUAGAAAAUGUUGAGAUUUAAGCAAUCAGAUAUUCUCUAAUUUAAAUACUGUGCAAAAGGUAUUGGUGGCAUCUACCAGAGAUCUUCUACAGCUUACACACAGACAUAUUAUUGUAGUGCAGUAUAAAAUCUUAUGCAUCAAUAGCCACUAAAUCCAUUCCCACUUCUGGAUCUCUGUACUUUGCAACUCUGGAGAUGUAACAGGUCAUUUUGACUCUGUCUACUAGACACAGAUCAGCAGUAAGUGGGUGAUUUUGUUGUCUGAAUAAAUGCAUGUGAAUGAGUUUAAAA